GUUUUCCACUACCUGCUAUGUCAAGCGUUCUUUGCGCCAUUCCGUGCUCUAAUACAAACUGAUUCUCUGUCACAUCUUCUGGUUUGACAUUCAUAACCACAAGAUGAAACCAUGUAUUCUAGUUCUGAAGAGAUAACUGAAGCCCUUGAAAAGUUCCGCGCCGUCAGGUCAUCGGCAAACCGCCCUGUGCUGGAGAAAAUCAUACCAGUUAUCGAGAACACCCAGCCGUCCAACCCUAGUAAUGGGCGCACAAAGCAUUAUCAAAGGCUUCGUAUAGGGUCCCUUGAAGAGCUGCUUGAAAGCGAACCUUUGGACAUACGCAGACCAAGCGAGCUGCUCGAGCGAUGGGAUGAUUUCAAGCAUAUCGUCGACGGCACCUCGGUGGGCUCAGACGAAGCUGAAAGGAUCACUAGAAGGAAUACGUUUUUCUCGGCCGUGGAGGCAGGCCUGAAGGAGAAAUCGCCAGAGAAUGUCCGCGAAAGCAUCACCGUCCCUUCCGAGUUACGACUCUUGGCAGAACAGGUCGACGUGAUCUGGGUACCUAAGUUGUCAUAUCAGGUUGACGGCGCAUUCUUCGACUUGUACGAUUCCAGUCGAGUGAAUUCCCCGGAGGUCGGGGUAGACCCACCAUAUGGGGAAGAGUAUACGGACUACGAAACGUGCGAGGAGUAUGAAACCGCCAUAGGAUUCCAAAUAGGAGAUGGCCAGGACCUAGACUGUUGGGUUGUUUUCAGCCGCAACAAAAACGAUUCUAAUCAGCCCUGGGAAUGGAGAUAUGCGACCAACCGCAAUGAAUGCGGCAUCAGGGUAUUCGACACUAUACCCGACGCUUUUGCAGAAUUCGCUAGUUACGGCGAGCCUACCAAGCAUGGUAUAGAUCAUUGGGAUAUAGGAGACAGCGUAUACAAUCACCUUGGACCUUUCACUACCUAGCCCAUCAUCACAAAAGGGUAAUUAAUUGCUCUCCACGGGCUCUAGUCAUAGGAUCAUUGUCGCAUCUCGGUCGAUAUUUCUCACCAGUAUCAUCAGUACGUAUAAGUCAUAAUUCAUAGAAUUGAGUAAGGGCUAUAGGCCCCUGCGAGGCCA